GCAGUUCGUCAUGUAGGAAUGCUCUAUGCAAAUUUUUCUCACGAUGAUCGUCUUUGUUCACAAGCUUUUUAUUCAGAAGAAUUCGAUUCAAAUAAACGCAUUUCUAUGGCGGGUCAACAUACAGGUCUGGAAGCAGGCCAACCAACGAGGACAGGACAAUUAUUUGGAGGAUUAGUACAAGAUAUAAGGUUUUAG